UCCCAGUCUCACAAUCAAAAGCGACCUCAUCAUUCUACCCAACCCAGAAGCCCGCGUCGGCCCUAUCCGCGCAUUAACCGAGGACCCAACCCAGCACACACUACACCUCUUCGCCGACGCCUCUUUCCGUAGGCACAGAAGCCACAAGGGCCCCUCGACGCCGUCUUCUGGAAACCGUGGCCUUGUACAGAUCCCAUCGAUCCGUGGCACUCGCGCGCCUUCCAGAUCCUCGCGUGUCGCAACUCCGCACAAGCAGAACUCUACGCCGUCGUCGCAUCCCUCAAGACGGCAGCGCUCCUGGCCCGUUUGAUGCCGGACCUGAGACGGGUGACUGUCUUUUCCGACUGCCAGGCCGUCAUGAACGCACUCGCCGCAGGGGAAGGCGACCACUUCACCACCUUGGACCCCCUCGUCAAACGCGCCUUUGAAGCGUGCGACUCUCUGUGGGACGAUAGGAACGCCAGAGUCGCUGUGUGCUGGUGUCCCGGCCAUAUCGGCUUCGGUGGCAACGAAAAGGCCGACGCGCUGUCAAGAGAGAUCCGACGGUAUAACUUGAGGCACUUGGUCCCUGAAGAGCAGCCGGCGUGCGUGAGCGGGUAUGAGAUUCCGUUCAAGUAUCUUGAGAGGGCGCGCCGCAGGCACUGGUGGAGGGAUGGGGCUGAUUUCGAGUGGACGGCGAAUAUGCCUCGCAAACACUUGUAUCCGGUGGCUGUCGGUGUGGUCUGCGAUGAGGAGGCCUGCGAUGAGGCAUAUGAGGACGGAGCAUACGAUGAAGCUUACGACGAUGAAGAGUACGGGUAUGAGGCCGACGAUGAGGCAUCCGCAGACGAGCUCUCAUCACACUGCUCCUCCGCAACCGUGCAAAUCGAAACAAGAAAGCGCAAGCGUUCGGCGUCUGACCUACCAGACUAUCCCUCCAAGAGACAAAGGACAGGCCGACCCGAGCACGGCAUCAAGCCAUGAUAAAGCAUUGGAUUAGAUUCCAACUCUAGUCCAAGGUCCAUUGUACUCUCAGAAGCUGGCGCAAGUACAAGCACAAACUUUCAUUCGUCUCCGGAAUUCUUGUGGUUGCUGAACAUAAAGAUAGCUGCUGCGUCGUCGUCUCCAUCUUGUGAAAAUUGUCCAUGGCUUUGCUACCUCGUUCAAGUAGCUCGUCGAAACUCGGCAACGUUAUUACCCCAGCCAGUCGCUCCGCUAGCAGACGCACCUAUGUGUGUCAAAAUGUAAGCCUCGAGGCCAUGGGCCCACGUCAGACAGACUCACUCUGUAGGCAGGUCAAGAAAAGAAGCAGGACGAACUUUGCGUCCCUUGCCGGCAAAGAUCUUUGGCAAGGGGCUCCACAAGGAGCUGGAUGGUGGGCAGGUUUGGGCAAGGCCGAGGAUCGCAGCACUGGAUGCGUAGACAAAAAGGGACACAGCAAAUUCACUCGGUAGAAAACAACAACACCACCAAAAACAUACGU